AUGGCUGCACAAAAGGUGAUCGUGCUUGGGGCCCUAGAUGGCCAACUGGAACCUGCGCUCAAAAAAUUAGCCGCCUUGCACGCCAAGAACAAUUUCUCGGUCGCAAUCUUGACGGGGAAUGUGUUCGCUUCCUCGACGGACGAUGCCACGGUUUCUUCGCUCUUGGAUGGCACUCUAGAGGUGCCUCUGUCGACUUACUUCACGAUUGGGACUCGUUCCCUCCCACCUCGAAUCGCGAGCAAGGUCGAAAACGACGAGGACGUGUGCCACAACCUGCAUUUUCUCGGGAAACGCAGUGUCACAAAGACUUCUGAAGGUCUUAGAAUUGUCGCUCUUGGCGGUCUCCUCGACAGGAAUGUUGUGGGUGGUCAAUCCAAAGAGCAACACCUCCCGUUUCACACAGAGGAUGACGCCAAGGCCUUGAAGGGUGCGAACAGCGCCGAUAUACUACUGACGUCAAUGUGGCCGUCUAAUGUAUGGAACGGAUCCAAACUGGGCCUCGAAUCAGUGCAGCAAGCAGCUAAUCAAAGCACGCAAGCAAUUGCGGAGCUCUGCGCAGCUCUCAAGCCACGCUACCACAUCUCUGCUUCGCCCGGCGCCUUCUUCUAUGAAAGAGAGCCAUUUGUGCACUCCUCCACCUUGGAGAGCCAGUCUCUUCCGUAUACGAGAUUCAUCUCCAUGGCGCCGUUUGGCAACGCUGCCAAAGCAAAGGCCAUGUACGCAUUCUCGCUGAGUCAACCUGAUGGCAUGAUGCCGCCUGGGGUGACGGCUUCGCCCUUUACCUCGCAGCGGAAACGGCAGCGAGACGAUGAGUCUGGGUACAGCCGUUUUGGAAAUUACGACAACAGAUCGCGCGGCGGUCGGCAUAGCAAGCAUCGUCGUACAUCGCCACCUCCUGGCCCCGAUCGCUGCUACUUCUGCCUUUCAAAUCCAAACAUUUCCUCACACAUGUGCUGCAGCAUCGGCGACGAGUCCUAUGUCACCACGGCCAAGGGACCUCUCACCACGUCAACCACAUUUGCGACUGAGGGCCUGGACUUUCCCGGGCACUUCAUCAUCAUACCCUUACCGCAUGCUCCGACCAUUCCUAGCAUGGGCUCCAUGUCAGAUCCGUCGAGCGACGCCGUCAGAUCAUUGAACGAGAUGACCCGUUUCCGGGAAUCUCUUCAGGCCAUGAUUUCGCACAGGUCAUCCCAUAAGCUCGGAGCAGUCACUUGGGAAAUAUCUCGGAAUCGCAACGUCCACCUCAUCUGGCAACUCAUCGCCCUCCCCGCAGAGAUUAUUCAGAAAGGCAUUGCAGAAGCAGCCUUCCGCGUGGAAGCCGAAAACCAGAAAUACCCUGCGCUUCUGACCAAAGAGCUCUCUCUCGAGGAGCAGGCAUCCUUUGGGGACUACUUCCGCCUCUGGCUUUGGGCAGACAACGGCGAGGAUAAAAUUAAGGGCAAAUCACUCGUCAUGCCCCUCAGCUCAGAUGUUCGAUUUGACCUACAAUUCGGUCGUCGAGUAGUUGCAAAACUUCUUGGCUUGGAGAAGCGAUUCAUAUGGCAGGAUUGUGAGCAAACAACCGAAGAGGAAACGCAAGACGUGAAGGCCUUUCGGGAGGCAUUCAAAGACUGGGAUUUUACGUUGGAGCUGAGUUGA